CAGGCCCUCCCAGCCUAACGAGCUGCAGCGCCCAGCGACCCACCGAUUUAACCCUAGCUUAAUCACAGGACAAUUUACAAUGACCAAUUAAUCUACUAAAUGGUAGAUCUUUGGACUGUGGGAGGAAACUGGAGCUCCUGGAGGAAACCCACGCACUCACAGGGAGAUCGUACAAACUCCUCACCGAUGGUACCCCGUGCUCCAUUAGCAUCAUGCUAACUGCUAUGCCUCUGGAUGUGGUGUUCCAGCCAUUCCACCUCUGAUGCACAGGAUUGUGGGUGGUAUGGAAGCUGUACCUCACAGUUGGCCUUGGCAGAUCUCUUUCCAAUAUCUGAAUAACAGCAGAUGGCAACACAAUUGUGGAGGAUCCCUCAUUGCUGACAACUGGGUAAUGACUGCUGCCCACUGCAUCCAUGAGAAUUGGACGUACCGGGUAGUGCUUGGCAAACACAAUCUCGAGGUUUCAGAAACGGAAUCUGUUGCAAUUGAAAUUGCCCCAAGGAACAUCUUUAUCCACAAAAACUGGAAUCCAUUUUUCCUUACCAAUGGGUAUGACAUUGCACUCAUCAAGUUGACCAGCCCUGUGACCCUAAGUAAGGAGAUUGAUGUGACCUGUAUUCCGAAAGCUGGAACACUUCUUCCCAAUAAUUAUCAGUGCUAUGCCACAGGAUGGGGUAGACUCUACACCUUUGGUCCCAUUCCUGACAAACUCCAGCAAGUUCCUUUACUGGUCGUUGACCAUGCAACCUGCUCCAAAUCAGAUUGGUGGGGCGACAUAUCCAAUAAGUUGGUGUGUGCUGGCGGAGAUGGUAUUACUUCCACAUGCUUAGGUGAUUCGGGCGGACCCCUGAACUGCCGGGGUGCUGAUAAAAGAUGGGAAGUGCAUGGCAUCACCAGCUUUGGUUCAGCUUACAGUUGCAACCUCAAGAAUAGGCCCUCCGUCUUCACCCGUGUAUCUGCCUUCAAUGACUGGAUUUCACAGGUACAUUAUCACUUAAUUAACAGCCAUUAUAAAAGAGACACAAAUACAAUAGUUCUGGAUUCAUGAAAAACCAAACAUCUGCAACUGCUUUAAUUCACCUUGAUUUAUUUCAUCCAAUUCCAGUCAAGUGUCUAAAGGAGAAUGUGGACUGAUUUCUCUUUUUGCCCAAUACCCUACACUAAGCUGCAGCUAUACAAGACAACCAAUGUGAUUUUUAAACCACACGUAACAAUGCUAUCCAGCAUGUUUAAAAAGCACGGAGGGCUAGGAUAAACCAAAACUCUGUAGCGUGCAUUUCACGGAAUGGUUAAGUGCUUUUCUUUCAGUGACAUGUUCUGCAGCUAGUUAGAUGGUUGAGAUUUGUAUGAUUUGGUAGAUGGAAAAUAGGCAAAUAAUUGUCGGGAUUUUUUGUGUGCAUCUACUGUGUUCCCAAGUAACUUCAAUCUGCAACCUUUUAAUACCAUUCUGUGCUAAAACAUUACCUGAUAAAUGGACUUGUCAUUAAGGUCCAGUCAACCUGCCUUCAUGUACAUAAAGCACAUAUCUCUUGCAAAACACUAUUGCAUUUGCUUAUUUUGUGCUAUUUCCAACAUGGACAAAACGUCUGCAGAAUAUCAGGGUAUAUGGUUCAGUCAGGUUAAAAUAUGGUAAAUUUACAUGCAAACCAAAAAUCUGCAGUUCUCCAUCUACUUUUUAAACUUGAUGGCAAAGUGCAAAUUAAAUACUGUAACUCAAUUAAAUACAUUAUGACAAUAGUGUACUCAUGCAGGGUGUUCUGAAAAACGAGCAUGCCAGCAUAGAGAAUACUUUUGGUAAUAUCUGCUUUUACUUAGCUUUAAGCAUGAAAUGAUUGCUAAUUAAAGUUUCUCAGCCUAAAUUCGAUUCCCUUAGUCUUGUUUAUCCAGUUCUUUUCUGUAAUCUUUCAUAACCAGAUUCCUGCUCAAGUACAGCUUCACAGCCCUUAGUGUUUGUUCUUUAGGCACUGGUUGUCAUUGAACAGCGGCAGUUGAUACAACCACAAAGAACACUGCAGUCCAGCUGAAUGUAGUAGCCACACUCAAUCAGCAGGUGUCACUGACAAGGAGCAGAACCCUUGGUUAAAGGCUGGUAGCAAUUAAGGCACAGCAUAAUUUAGCUAAAACAGUUCAGAAGUGAUACCAGGCAUAAAUAUAGUUUUUGUAAAUUUUGGACACGCAAUUAUUUGUUAGGGUUGGGGAGUUAGCUCCUAGUUUCCAAAAUGGACUGUUGACUCAAUAAAUACAGAUAUAGGAGACACAAACACCUGUGACAGAAUCAAUUUUGUAGUAUCUGAUUGUUCAGGAAAGGAGUUGCAUUUCAUUGCCACAUCAAAGUAAUCAUCUGUUUUAUUUCACAGAUUAUGGUAAACAACUGAAGUCCACAGGGAUGAAAUAUAUUAUUCAGUCUGCCAUAAGUCAAUAAAAACAUUAGCUUAUACUUGUUUUCUUAGUCCUUGUUUUUUUAAAUUAAUGGUUUUUAUAUAUAUACGCACGCACACACACACACAACAUGCAGAUAGAUCUGAAAGAAGCUAUUGCAGGCCAUUCUCACCGUUAGCAUCCUUAGUCAGUUUUUGUAUCCAGUAGACUGGAAAUAAUUUCCUGCUAAGUCGUACUGCUAUUCUUCAGGAGGUAGGAUUAGGCUUUGUUGCACAGAAGUACAAUGUCAAGAAUGACAAUCUACCAGUAAACUUGCCCUUGAAUUAAUUAAAGCGAUGAAUUUCUUUCAUCCAAUCAAGUGCAGAUCUCUAAGUAGGCUAAAUUUAGAAUGUGUGGAGUGUAUAGCAUCAAAACAUAUCAGCUUCACGUUCACAUUAGUUAUUGUUGACUGGUUUCAUAGAGUUGCAAUUUAUGAUUUUUAUACCUGAGGAGAGAAGAUAGUUUGGGAUAUUAAAAAAAUUCCUGUUUACUAAUCAGAUGCCUGGUCGGAAAGCCAAUUGUACAAGUUAGUGGUCACAUUUCUUCCAUUUCCUCUUCUUAAAAUUGCAGAGAAAGGCCAUUUGCAAAUUACAGUCCCAAACCUCUCCUUCAAUGGCAUUCUAUCCUCCUCAGCCUUUGGCAUUUCAGUUACCAUCUCAGGCUUCAGUCAUCCAAAGCUUCACCAUUCCCCCCCCUCCCCAACAUUCCUGCAAUGUAACUUUCUUGAUUACUAUUCCAAGUGGCUCCCAACAACUUCCAUAUACUUCACCCACGUUACCAGGAAAACAGUUCACUAAUAUCUGCAAUUCCCACCCAGACUGUUAUUCGAGACCCAAAGCAAUGUUGUUGACUCUCAAACGUCUUCAGAAAUGAUCUAGCAAGUCAUUCUGUCCCAAAUGCCAGAUGAGUAAUAACUGUCUGCUCCAACAGCUAUACUAAAUUCCAUUAUGCAAAAUCCUUGGAUAUUCUCACAACUUUCUGUCCAUCACCAGAAUCGCUCAUCCAUUACAGCAUUAUUCCCUUCAUAAUAAUAACCCAAUUACAUUAGCUUUUCUUCAUCAAACACCCCUAUAAAUCUCACACUAAACCCGAAUCUCUCAAAACUAACCCAAUUACUGUUCUGCUGACCUGUAGAUCACAGCAGCUGACUUGCAAGUCUCCUACAGAAUGCUUCAUUCCACAACAAUGAUAUCCUGUGGCUGAGAAAUGUGACAUGAUGCCUUGGUUACAUACAAAGUGAGAUGUCAUAAUUAGCCCACCCAAAAAUCACUUCUACCAGGCCUUACCACGACACUUGGCAUGUUCUUUCCCCCAACUUAAUCCCAGGACAUUGUAUUACACUUUCUCAAAGCUAGCAACCUCAGUCUAUCCCCAUCCAAAUACAAACCUCUUAUUGAUUCAUUUGCACACAGACAGACAAAUGGGCAAAGCUAACUCAAAGCCAUAAAAAUAAUGAAAACCAUAUGACUCAAGUUCUGCAACAAGAUGAUCAACUGAGGAGAUGGUACAGAAGAUUAUUAGGAUGUCUGAUGUUACAUUGCAAUACAAUCAAUUAAAAUAUUUCCUGUGAAAACACAGCAGACAAAUUGGACUUGGUUUUCACAAGUAAAUGAACACAUUCCUUUUCCAAAGUUGCAGAGACUGAAGUCAAUGUUAGAUGAACACUCAAAUGUUUGGAUUCUCUCAAUCCAAUACAAUUUCUGGGCCAAUAUUUCUGUCGAGUCAGAUCUUCAGGACAAAAGUACGUAAAGCGCUCUUUAAAUUUUAGAUUUUUAAAAAACCGAGUAAUCCUUCCAAAUUCAGCAGCUGUAAGUAAAUCAACCAGGGCAAGAACCAAAUCCACAGUCUCACACAGUGGAAGGAAACACAAGGCAAAAUUUAUUCAAUUUAUUGCAGAAAAUACAAAAGUAAAAAAAGAAAAAAGGUUUACAGCACUGAACAGGCAACUAAUUUGCUACAAAAUCACUUUCUAAACCUAAUGAUGCCAAGAAGCUAGUCACUAUUAACCAGAAUGAAAAGGAGAUGUUCCCUCCCCACCCAUCCAUCUUACUAAACAAGCUGACAGUUCAUCUCUACUUGGAAAAUGUCAAAAAUUUGCAAAUAUUCAAUUUUAUUAGUAGUUUUGAGAUGACUGGGAAGCCAUUAAACAGUGGAAUUCCCUAGGCACAAUAGUAACACAAUGAACAAUUCAGAAUUGUUCUCCUUUGGGGUAACAGCUGAAGGAGGACAAAAAAAAUUCCAAGCCCCUAUACCCCCAACAAUUCUUCCCUGCAAAAGCAUUUUGUGCUGUUGUGAGGUUUAAUGAGAAGAGUUUGAACAACAAUAGUUUCAAGUCUUGGUCAACAUCUAUUCCAAAACACUUUUUUUUUAAA